CUUCACCAUGUCUUCCUCGAAGAAUCCUUCUUCCGACCCAAACGCUAUGGAGAACAUCCCUCUUCAAGAUAACUACGAACCACAACACCAGUACCAAGAGCCGAGCGAAGAAGUUGAGAGGCAGCUCAAAGUCGCUACUGCGUCACCUGAUCUUGAACCCCAAAACACAAAGGCUCCAGCUCCGAAACGAAAGCCAGGUCCACCGCCAAGAACAGGUACUGGCGACACUCAGAGUUCGGGGAGGAAAGAAGGCGCUGUAUCGAAGAUUACAGGAAAGGCGAAAGGAUAUGGGAAGUCGUGGUGGGGUCAUGUGAAGAAGGGUGAGAUGCCGUGGAUCCAGUGGUAUUGCUGUGGUGUUGUUGAUGGGCAUGAGUGCGAUACUAUGAAUAACAGGAUGAGUAAGGAGUGCAAAAAGUGCAAGCACAAGGUCUGUAACAAAUGUGUCAAGGCCAAGACCUGAAAUUGGAAAUGGUUCUCGAGGAUGGUGGAGAUAGUGGAUGCAUGAACUUGGGGAAGGAAUUGUUUGCGGAUUCUGGUAGC